GCUCAUUCAUUGAUUGCCGUAACAUGUCAGGCCCCACUGUGUGACUCUCGUGCUGCUGACCCUUAACUUGCGAUAAAAAGGGGUACGCCCAAGGGUACAGUGCGCGCAUCGGCGCAUCCUCGUUUGAAGGCACAGCGAGACAAAAGAUGGCGCAUGGCAGCAAAGAAGCAAACGUGGGGAAUUAGUAAACAGAAUAUGGCAUCCACCUUAACAUCACAUACAUCCAGAUUUUUUGCAUUAAAACAAAUUCAUCAACGUUUUGGUUUACCAUUGGUAUGUUCUAUUUCAACUACGAGUCGUGAAAGAAAAAAACGUGGCUUUCAUGUCAGUUCGACGUCCCUUCAGGCAAACACGUCAGUUCCCAAGCAAUUUAAUCUCAGUUUUGAUGAGUAUCAAAAAUUAAAACGCUCGAUAAGAACAAAACAGCGCAUAGCUGGAAUUCCAUUUGCUUUUUGCGGUAUGACAGCUGCUUCAUUAACCAUGGCAUAUAUGUACCCUGACAUGUUUGAUGCAACACCAGAGAAUGUCCAGUUGAUUUUGGGGUUGGACCCUCUUGUGUUCUCUGGGGUUAGUGGUGUUGUUGCUGCUGGAGUUGGUUACGUAGUUGGAACAAAUGCGUUUAAACUUUUUUGGAAAACCAUGAACAAACAAGCUGCACACGAUCUCCAGGAAAGAGAUGUUGACUUUUUAAAACGAUUAGAUCAAUAUAGGUUUGGUGCUGAUUCCAAAUUUGAGGAUGAUUAUUAUGGAGAGACAAUAAAGUCCUUAAGUGAUUACAGACAGUGGGUGAGAACACAAAAGCGUAAAAAAGAAAUGCAUGACAAGUUUGAAGUUUCAAAGCAACAAAAAGAAGUAUCAGAUGCAUAAUAUUUAUCAAUGGAUUCUGAUGAUGAAAGAAAAUUUUUGUGUACUUAAGAUCUUUAAUGAAAUUACCCUUUAAACAUUAAACUUCACCAGAUUUCUUUUUUAUUCUAUUUUUUUUCUAAAUAUAUUAUUUGUUUUUGUA